UGCUUCGGCAGGUCCGCAAGUGAACAACCACACGUUACUGGAGUUUACCCAGAGCGAUGCGGACGUCGGGUCGCUGCGGGUGACGGAGGCCAUGUUGUGGGUGUACGUGAGGCGACCACCAGGAGCCCGCCACCACGACCCCCCACGACCCAGGACCACACUCUGGGUCUUUAGGGUCCCACCUGAGGACACGCGCAAGAGUCCGUCGGCGGAGAUGGUGGCGUCGUUGCCCGUGGCCAGCUCGCGGGUUGGGUGGUGUCGCAUGGACGUGACGUCGGCGGUGCAGCGGUGGUUUGCGCGACCUGGCGAACGACUGCGACUCCUUGUGGACUGUAGCAGUUGCAACGGGGAGCUGGAGGCGGCUCUCUUCACCCCACUCAAGCACAAGGGUGCGCACAAGCCGGGGUCACGGCGCACGGAGGCCUCCCACAGGCCCUUCCUGGUGGUGCAUACGGCGCCUACGCCCUCCCGUCGCCUCUCUCGCCGUGCCCUCCAGUGUGAUAAAGACACCAAAAUGUGCUGCAAGCAGAACCUUCAUAUCUCCUUCAAAGAACUGGGCUGGGACGACUGGAUCAUAGCGCCCAGUGGUUACAAUGCCAACUACUGCAAAGGCUCGUGUGCCAGUGUCUUCCGCACGCCCGACUCCUUCACCCAUUUUUAUUCUCACGUGCUGGAGGAGAUGAGCCGGCACCGGCCCCCAGGCGCCCUGACACAGUGCUGUGCGCCCACCAAGCUCUCACCUAUGUCCCUCAUCUAUCUGGACGAGAUCUCCAACAUCAUCAAGCGCGACGUGCCCCGCAUGGUGGUGGAGGAGUGCGGGUGUGCGUAACCAGAGGCCCGCGGGAAGACCUGCCCCAGCCCGGGGAGUGUGAUGGUUGACUGUGAUGGCGCGCCCGACGCAGCCUCGCCGGGCGCCACGCGUUCCUCCAAGGGACGAACUUCGGAUAUAGUCUGAUCUGUGAUCAUAACUUUAAGCAAAGUUGUCGUUGUGUUGUUAUUUGUUGUUCUUCUUGUACAGACUUGUAAAGUGUGCGGCCCACAGUGGUCGUUGUAGUCCGCUAGCCAAGCCUGGCCGCCGCCGCCCAGCACUGCGCCGUGUCACGGGGCCACCAACAGGCAGCCAGCAGGGGCAGGCGCCGCCCACACCCACACUGCUCUGCCCUCCACAUCAUUGCUGCCCCGCCCACUGUCGCCAAGUGGUGGUGUCCUGCCCACUGUGUUAUGUGUCUGCUCACUGCCGCCCACAUGUGCCGCCCGUCACCCACUGACGCCCUACUACCCGCCCGCUGCUCAUGCAUCCGCCCACUGUGUGUCCGCCCACCAGCCUGUGUUCACACGUCCGCCCACCGCCCUGUGUCCGCCCAUCUUACUAUACUCGCGCUGUGUACGCAUCGUAAAGUCUUCAUGUGUUGGACCCUGAGUGCCGCCCACAGACCUGUGGGCCUCACAGCCACCACAUCCAGGAAGACUCAUCACGCCCACACCCAGCCCAAGAUCACGCCCACGCUGGGGGUCGCUGCCCAGCCUUACCACCUCCGCCUCUGCCCGGCCUAGGACCACCUGACCACAACCUUGCUAUGACUACCCCGGCCAUACCCAGCUCGGACCCCUAGGUCAUAGCCUGGCUAGGACCAUCACUGGUUAUGACUACCGAGCCACAGCCUGGCCAUGACCUAGGUAGACCCAGGUGACCAAAGCCUCGCUAGGACCAGCCAGCCAACGGCAACAGCCUCGCUAGAACCACCCCGGCCACAGCCUCGUCACAGCCAGUGAUACAAAGCGUCAGAAACAUUAGCGCCUGAGUGUGAGACAUUGGCGAGGCAGGAGGACGCUGCGGCCCUCCUUGCCUGGCCGCACCUACCGCCGGAGGGGCCACAACCUGACGCAGGCGCCAGGCCUCAGGCGGAGGAAAGAGUUAGGUGUGCCUGAAAAGUGUUUUGCCUAUGUGUGAUAAUAACUGCUAGAAUAUAUAUAAGAAAAUAAACGAUAGGUGUAACCUAAUGAAGUGUGCUCAUUCUGGUGUAGAUGAGGUGCACAACACAAUGAGUGCCGUCGAUGGUGCUAUCUUUGUACCAUAUGAGAGACACGACAUUCCUUAUCUCGCCGCAGUUGUUAUGCGAGCAAAAUAUUUCUUAAUAAGUUAGAGCGUUUAAAACUAAAAUGUCUUUCAAGAGACACUACCGGAGGGAAUUUUUCUUCCUAAACCAAAUGCCAUCAAAUGUCCACGAAGUGUAGUGAUAUAGAGGCGGGUUGCUACCAGGGAAGACACAACCAGAGGUACCUGUCCCAUCUGAAGUCGACGUGUGGAGCGAGAGCCAAGGUGCGAGUGUAAGCUUGGGAGAAGUGUGCAGCCCGUCCUUCCUUCCCUCCCACUAGAGACAUGUAUUUGGUUAGAUAACCUGGACCUGGGCCACCACCAGGUACACACGACAGAGCACUCACCUGAGCACGAGUCUUCUCUCGUUAGUUUCUAAACAUGUGUAGACCAGUAAUAAAUCAUCACGCAGCU